CUGCAGGCUCCAGCCAUAGCUGCGUGCUGGGAUUUCACACCGCUGGCUGUGUCCCACAGAUUAACGCCCGAGCAUGGCGUGUCACAUCGAUUCUGGAGACUUUGCGGUGGAUUUAGUUCAGACCCAGAAUGACAGGAAAGUGAGAAUAUCUCUGCCAGCAAUGCUGUUUUGAGAUCUGUGCAGCUCACGUGUUGCCUGCAGUGGCAUCAGUCCCUGUGUGAGUGCCACCCAGCACAGUCCUUGCAGCAGCAUCUUGUGUUAAAUAAGAAAACUUCACACCUCUUGUGACAGCAACAAGUGUCCUCCAAGCAAAGUGUGGAAGUUCCUGAACAACCAAAAGCAGGUGGGCACAGAGAAGCAAAGACAUUUCCAACAGGUAAUAGUGUAUUUCUUCAGAGCCUGAGAUAUUUUUGAAGUGCCCCGUGGCUCCAGCGUGCAGCUCCCUGAGAUGUCACUGAGAGCUGAAAGCCAUGCAGCUACAUCGACUCUGAAGAAGAUCGCUGCAGACAUGAGCAACAUCAUCGAGAGCCUGGACACCAGGGAGCUCCACUUUGAGGGGGAUGAGGUCGAUUCGGAGGUGCUAAAUGAUCCCAAGGGCACUGUGUGCAUUCCCUUCUCUGCCAUCUAUCACACCCAUGGCUUCAAAGAACCGGGAACGCAGACAUACCUCACGGGAUGUCCUGUUCGAGUGCGGGUGCUGGAAGUUGAACGCUUCACUUCCACAAAGAAGGUACCAAGCCCCAAUGUUUACACCAUUGAGCUGACCCAUGGAGAGUUCACCUGGCAGGUGAAAAGGAAGUUCAAGCAUUUCCAAGAGUUUCACAGGGAGCUGCUGAGGUACAAAGCCUUUGUGCGCAUCCCCAUCCCUACCAGGAGUCACACGGUGAGAAGACAAUCCAUCAAAAGGGGCGAGCCAAGGCAGAUGCCGAGCCUGCCGCACUCGGCGGAGAGCGCGGUGCGGGAGGAGCACUUCUCCAGCAGGAGGAAGCAGCUGGAAGACUACUUGACAAAGAUCCUAAAGAUGCCAAUGUACAGGAACUAUCAUGGAACUAUGGAGUUUGUUGGAGUAAGCCAGCUGUCAUUCAUCCACGACUUGGGACCAAAGGGCAUAGAAGGGUUCAUCAUGAAGCGCUCCGGGGGCCACCGCAUACCCGGCCUUAACUGCUGCGGCCAAGGGAGGAUGUGCUACCGAUGGUCCAAAAGGUGGCUGGUGGUGAAGGACUCCUUCCUGCUGUACAUGAAGCCAGACUCGGGGGCCAUUUCCUUUGUCUUGCUGGCGGAUAAGGAAUUCAACAUCAAGAUAGGCCAGAGAGAAACAGAAACUAAAUAUGGGCUGCAGAUUGACAAUCUCUCUAGGUCGCUGAUCCUGAAGUGUAACAGCUACAGACAUGCCCAGUGGUGGAGGCAGGGCAUAGACGAGUUCAUCCGGAAGCACGGCAAGGACUUCCUCACCGAGCACCGCUUCGGCUCCUACGCGGCCGUGCAGGAGAACACUCUGGCCAAGUGGUAUGUAAAUGCUAAGUGGUACUUUGAAGAUGUUGCAAACGCCAUGGAAGCCGCUAAGGAGGAGAUUUUCAUCACAGAUUGGUGGCUGAGCCCAGAGAUCUUCAUGAAGCGGCCUGUUGUGGAGGGCAAUCGCUGGCGACUAGACUGCAUCCUCAAGCGGAAGGCACAACAAGGAGUGAGAAUUUUUGUUAUGCUGUACAAAGAGGUGGAGCUUGCCCUAGGGAUCAACAGUGAAUACAGCAAGCGGACGCUCAUGCGCCUCCAUCCAAACAUUAAGGUGAUGAGACACCCAGACCACGUGUCCUCCUCUGUGUACCUCUGGGCCCACCAUGAGAAGCUGGUCAUUGUUGACCAGUCGGUGGCAUUCAUGGGUGGCAUCGACUUGGCGUACGGGCGGUGGGAUGACGACGAGCACCGCCUGACCGACGUGGGCAGUGUCAAGCGCGUGCCCGCGCUGAAGGCUGCCUCGGCCCCCAACCUAGCAUCUGCAGCAGAAUCAUCUGAACACGUCCACCUGCAGUCUCAAGCUCCGUCCCCAGAAAGCCACUUGUUCCAGAGAAACUCCGACGAUGCCCCAGACACAUCAAGAAUGAAAGGAGUAGGAAAGCCCAAAAAGUUUUCAAGGUUCAGUAUUUACAAGCACCUCCAUAAGCACGGCAUGCACCAUGCUGACAGCGUCAGCAGCAUAGACAGCGAAUCAAGUUACUGUAACCCCACUAGAAGUCAACCGAAUAUAAUCCAGAGUUUAAAGCCCCAUCUGAAAAUGUUCCAUCACCACAGUGCAUCGAAGCAGGGGCUCACUGAGCCUCAGGAGGAUGAAGGAUCCAUCCGCAGCUUGAAGACAGGUGUUGGUGAGCUACUUGGGGAAACCAGAUUCUGGCAUGGAAAAGACUAUUGCAACUUUGUCUUUAAAGACUGGGUUCAACUGGAUAAACCUUUUGCUGACUUCAUUGACAGAUACACCACGCCACGGAUGCCCUGGCACGACAUCGCCUCCGUGGUGCACGGCAAGGCGGCGCGGGAUGUCGCCCGGCACUUCAUCCAGCGCUGGAAUUUCACCAAGAUUAUGAAGCCCAAAUACCGAUCCCUGUCCUACCCGUUCCUGUUGCCAAAAUCUCAGCAAACUGCCAAUGAAUUGAAGUAUCAGGUGCCUGAGGCUGUUCGUGCCACAGUCCAGGUGAUCCGCUCUGCUGCUGACUGGUCGGCUGGCAUCAAGUACCACGAGGAGUCCAUCCACAGUGCCUACAUCAGCGUCAUCCAGAACAGCAAGCACUACAUCUACAUCGAAAACCAGUUUUUUAUUAGCUGUGCUGAUGACAAAGUUGUCUGGAACAAGAUCGGGGAUGCGAUUGCUCAGAGGAUUCUUAAAGCUCACAGGGAAAACAAGCGUUUCCGGGUGUACGUGGUGAUCCCGCUGCUGCCCGGCUUCGAGGGAGACAUCUCCACUGGCGGGGGGAACGCGCUGCAGGCCAUCAUGCACUUCAACUACAGGACCAUGUGCCGAGGAGAAAACUCAAUCCUGGGCCAGCUGAAGACAGAGGUUGGAGACAAGUGGAUAAACUACAUCUCAUUCUGCGGGCUUCGGACGUUUGCAGAGCUGGAAGGGAAGCUGGUCACCGAGCUCAUCUACGUGCACAGCAAACUGCUUAUUGCUGACGACAACACGGUUAUCAUCGGCUCUGCCAACAUCAACGACCGCAGCAUGCUGGGCAAGAGGGACAGUGAGAUGGCCAUCAUCGUGCAGGACACCGAGACCCUGCCCUCCGUCAUGGACGGGGAGGCCUACAGCGCCGGGAGGUUCGCACAGUCCCUGCGCCUGCGCUGCUUCAGGGUUGUCCUUGGUGGCUCUGAUCUCAGUCCAGAACACCAGGAUCCCGUCUGUGACAAGUUCUUCAAGGAGGUGUGGAUUUCCACGGCAGCUCGCAACGCCACCAUCUUUGACAAGGUUUUUCGCUGUCUCCCCAGUGACCAGGUGACUAAUCUGACCCAGCUGCGUGAUUUCAUCAACAAGCCCAAAUUAGCCACUGACGAUCCUGCCAAAGCAGCAGAAGAGUUGAAAAAGAUUCGUGGGUUUUUAGUACAAUUCCCCUUUCGUUUUCUGGAGGAAGAGUACUUGCUCCCCUCCGUCGGAACAAAGGAGUCCAUGGUACCCAUGGAGGUUUGGACUUAAGAAGAUGCAGAUUGCUUUAUGUUUUAAAGUCUGGAUCCCUAGAGACAAGCUGAAGAAGAAAAUGGGAUCUCGGAAAGCUUUUAUUGCUGAGGGAGGUAAGAAAGAGCUCCACCAAGCUAAUGUGCCUUUCUUUAGGGUUUUGGUGGAGGAACUUGAAGCAAAUUGAUGCCAGCAAAGACUUGGAAAUGACAGCAAAGGAGAAGUUUAACCUCUUGAGGAGUUACUUCUUACGGCACAUUCUGAGCACUAAAGGAUUCAGGCCACUUCCUAGGACAAGAAACAAAUUGCCAUUGCUGUAGCUACCCCUGCCCAGCUGUAUAUUGUGGCUGCAGACAUACUGUGGCCCUGCUGUGGCUUUGCAGGAGGCAUGGGCUGCCUAUGCUGCUGAAGCUUUUGGGUACCUGCACCGUUGCAACCUGGAGCCUCCCGUCUCACCCUCCUGUACAGAGUCAGAGCACGUCACACAGCUCAGCACUGGCAGAAGCACUGCCAAGGUGUUUCGCUUCUUAAAUGGAAACAGACCAACAAUCUUAUACCAGAAUCAGCAUUUUGGUCUCUUCUCCCCUGUGAAUGGGGUGGAAGACCCCUGUUUCUCCCACAGCUAAAGCAAUCAGUAGUUCUCAUGGAGCAUGGCACUGUCUAUAAAGGUCUUGGCAAAGGGCAGCCUCUGUGGUGCUGGAAGUCACUGGAAUUUGCUGGCUUUUACAGAAACACAGUGUGGCAGUAUGUUCAAACUAUCCAUGGAGGCUUUCUGCAGGAAAGGAUCAAAGUUUAAACUCGAGCCUUGGAUCUCCAGAGCGCAAGGAAUGUGAGGCACUGCGUGUGACGAGACAGAUACUCAAGAGUCAGCGUGGGCUGAACUAAGACUUGUGAUCUGGGUCUUCCAUUCCUGCAUUUCUAUUGCAGUACAUAGGUAGACCUCUCUUCCCGUCUUUUUCCUCCCUGUUUAAAGGAAGAGAGAGGCCACUAAGCCAGAGCUGACACCAUGUUCAGACUGAGCUGACGUGUUGCUUUGUAGCUGGGGUGAGUGCCAUGGGGAAGGGGAGCAGGUAGCAAAGCCUUGUCUCUGGUCUGCUUGGUUAUUAGACCAGCCACAAUCUUGAGCCCAGUCAUGUAGGACGUGUGUUCCCAAGCAUGGGUGAAACUCAGUAUGCCCACUCUUGUUUCCCAUUUCUGUAAGUCAGUUUCCAAAGCUAUUUUGCACCUCUCUGUGCAGUGAAGCAGCAGUUGGAUUUGGCAUCCCUGGGCAAAAUGCUCCCACUGCUGGGUCAGGGCUUCAUGCCAUGGAUGCCCUCCUGGGCCUUCAUCCUACAUCCUGCUAUGCAGGGUGGGCUGUGUCUCCCCAACUCAUGUCCAGCUGCAGCCCCAGGAGAGAUGUUCCUGCCGGGCAGCAGUGCUGUGAACACUAAGAGACCAGACCCUUCGAAGCGCCUGACAAGAGAUGCAUCAGGAGAAGUGGGAGGCAGAGCUCCUCUGCUGCCCCUGCAGCUGGGGGAUCCCUUUGCUACCUGGGCCCAACUCUGUGCCCUGCCCUCCUGAGUCAGAAGACCAGGUGAACUGGCACUUUAGCUCACAGGCAAGUUUAUUUUUACAUUUUCUGGCUCUUAACAGACUCAUCUGUUUUUACCUGAAAAGGAAUCCCACCAGUGUCCUGGCUAUCCCCCAGACAUAGCUGGCACCACAUUCUAGCUGAAUGCCUUCUACGUUUUCAAACCUGUACAUAGGCACCAGGGAAUUCCCUACCUGCUGUAACACCUGAGUAAGUAACAACCCCGAGAUGUUCCUCCAGGGCAGCCUGAGGCUCAGGCCGUUCCUACAGCCUCUGGUGCUUUGCACUCACGUUUGGCAGGUGUAUUUGCCAGUUGCACUCUGUUCUGGUCGGUGCCUCAGUGGUCUGGUGAGCCUGUUGGAAGUGCAUGUGCAGCGGUUUGUGUUGUGAUCUUUGGUCCAGGGGGCUGAUGCUUUUAGCUCACACGCUGUGAGCAGACAAGAAUGUUCCCUUGAACAAUGUUUCUCUUAAAAAAAAAAUGACCUGGGGUCACCCCCUGUAGAGCCAGAGCAAUAUGUGGCUCUGCCAUUUGCAAUCAAGGUAAGAUCAAAGGUCUCUUGUUAUUUCAUGUCAGUGCUAGUUCAGAGCUUUUCUCUCCUGGUACAUUUUAGCUGUGUUAGUUGGAACAAAGCUGCUAACUUUAAACAAUUACAGCCUGUCAGAGAAUCAUUAUAAGUCACACAGAGUUGAAAAGGAAGCAUUCAACCUCACCACCCCUACACAUGAACCUUGAAGAAGUGCAAGACUCUUGUCAUCUUCCAAGUGCUCUUAUUGUCCCCAUCCUCAUAUUAGCAACAAUUCUUGUGAUGAUAUAUUGUGUUUUUGAAGUGGUAGGUAGCUAACCUAUGGGGCUCCAUAACUUCAGUGGCAUUAAGUGCCCCUCUGCCAGGCUGCUUUGGGGAGAAGCCACCGGGUUCUGCACCACUCAGCCCACCCUCUGAUGGCUGCCAGUCCCAAGUGACACAGCAGAGCCAUAGAGGAAAGUUGCCAUUGACUGGUUCUGUGUGAAAAGGUGCUGAUUAAGAAGGUCUUUGGUUAUUAAAGUAUCAGAGGAGCCUCACUGCCUCUGUCUGGGAGGAGGUUUCUCUUGGUGGGAACAGAGAAGCCACACUGAACAUCCUUGCCUUGGUGCUACAUUUGUGAUACCAGGAAUUUAAUAGCAUACAGAUGCAAGCAAGAGCCUCAGCACAGGGAGCCCUGCAUCCCCAGGGAUUUGUGGGCACCCCCAUGGGUACACCCCCCCCAGGGGCUGGAGCCAUUCCCAGUGAAGGCACACAUCUGCUUUGCGCUGGUGGGCUGUGCAGUUUGAAGCUGGCUCCUUGGGUCCUGUCCAAUGGAGGCUUAUUUCUUACAUUAAGAAGCCGGUGAGGUUGAACACCUUGAGAAGAGUUAAUUUCUGCACAUAAACAAUCACCAGCAUGGGUUUUAAUGCCUUCCAAGUGGAGAAGGUGGCUGGCAAAUGUGCAGUGCUGCAACAAGUGACGUGGAGUCGGGCACCAGCACACCCGGAAACGUGAGCUGUUUCCUGUGGCAUUUAUUUGUUAGAACUCUGGGAAAUGAGAACUCCUCCCAGGCUCAGACUUUAUUUUGUAGUUCAAAAUGAGCAGAACACUUUCCCCCCCCCCUCUUUAAUUUAUUCCUUAACACACACCACUUGGAGAAUUCACACUCCUUACCAGAGCUUUUUGGUAGUCUGAUGCUUUAAAAUGCGUGUGUUAUUGUGUAGCUGUUGGACUGGAUCAGUGUUUCAUUGUAAAGGUAAUGCAUGGUUUAAAAAAUGAGGGAUGAAACUUCAUCAUCUGUAAGAACUCUACUAAAAAGUAAUUUGUAGGAGGACUACUCUAGUGCCUCCUGGCUGAUGCAAAGCACUCAGCUCAGCUUCUGCUCUAUCGCUCUGUUGCCUGCCUCAAUGUGACUGUUGCUGGAUUAACUCCAAACACCCCAUUUUCCUUUCUCUUCAUCAGGUUUCACAACAUGAUUUUGCGAUCCUGGUGCUGUCCCUGGGAGAGACUUUCAGUGCAGGGUUUGCCUAGCUGGGACCCUGCCAUGAAUCAUGUAUGAUGUCUUUUUUCCUUCCAGGGAAGCAGCCAGGUACAAUCAUGCUCAGGCAUGGUUUGCUGUUACUGUUUCAGUGUAACAACUCUUCUGUGCACUUGUUAGGACAGUCAGGGGAUUGUGACCUGAGCACAGAGGCUGCAUUUAUGGGGACAUUGAAAUAAAAUGGUCCUUUAGGUGACAGCCAUCUCCUUCUGCCAAGUGCAAGGACCCAAAUCUAUGCUGGUCUAAACUGACAGAGCUCCCUCCAUUCACUCAGGGCUGCUGCACUGGUGUUCUGGCAGGAAGAGCUUGAUCUGGAGGCCACAGUGGUGACUGAGGUGGUCUCCAGGGUAGGUGGAUGGGUAGAGGUUGGCAUCUCUGAGGUGUUCCACAGGAUGGGAAUACACUCUCCCAUUACGUGGUGCUCGUUCUGCAGAUGGUUUCAAACAAGCCAUCCCUGCAAGAGCUUUGCAGGGUGGAGCUUUUACCAGGGAGCAUAAGGCCAUGGCAGUGAAUCAAGUUCACCGUGCAAAACGAAGGGGUGUCUGUGUGGAGCAGACCCACAGACUGUACACUGACCACUGAAUGCAAUGAUCCUCUCGAGCCUUCUCUUCUUGGUAUUUUUUUAUUUCCCUGCCUGCUUUUCUCUUGUAUUUUUCCAUAUUUGUGAUGAUUCUAUUUUUAACCUCCCAAUGUGUCUUCAUAAGGUCUCCUCCAUGUAAAUAAUUCCACCUUACCUCUUUCCUGACACUUGGGAAAUGAGAAGAAGAGUCAAAACACAGUUCAGGAAUGUGGGGGGGGUUUAUCAGAAUCAUGUCUCUAGCUGAACUAAUCAACAAAAGAAGAGCUUCCACUUUGGGUGGGAGCACGAGGCUCCCUGCACCUCUGCCUUGCGAUGGUGCAGUUGUGAACACUGACUAUCCCUUCUGUGAAGGCUGCUGGAAAUGAGUUUUGUAUCCUUGUUUCUGCUAAUGAUCGCUUUCCUUUCCACUCUCUUUGUACCUGGUAAAUGAAUGUGUGUUAAUGGACUGAAAAUACAACUGAGCAUCAUGUCAAAA